CUGUCAGCCUGUGGAGUAACAGAGGAAGGAUGUGCUUCUCUGGCCUCAGCUCUGAGAUCAAACCCCUCUCAGCUGAGAGAGCUGGAUCUGAGCUACAAUAACCCAGGAGACUCAGGAGUGAAGCUGCUCUCUACUGUCCUAGAGAAUCCAAGUUGUAAACUGGAGACAUUAAGCCUGUCAGCCUGUGGAGUAACAGAGGAAGGAUGUGCUUCUCUGGCCUCAGCUCUGAGAUCAAACCCCUCUCAGCUGAGAGAGCUGGAUCUGAGCUACAAUAACCCAGGAGACUCAGGAGUGAAGCUCCUAUAUGCUGUACUGGAGGAUCCACACUGUAAACUGGAGAUACUGAGGCUGUCAAACUGUGAUUUCACAAACAAAGAUUGUGCUUCUCCGACUUUAACUCUGAAGUCAAACCCCUCUCACCUGAGAGAGCUGGACCUGAGCUACAAUAACCCAGGAGACUCAGGAAUUAAGCUACUUUCUACUGUACUGGAGGAUUCUCACUGUAAACUGAAGACACUGAGGUUGUCAAACUGUAGAAUCACAGAGAAAAGCUGUACUUCUCUGGCAUCAGCUCUGAGAUCUAACCCCUCACAUUUGAGAGAGCUGGAUUUGAGUGGGAAUAACCCAGGAGACUCAGGAGUGAAGCUGCUCUCUACUGUACUGGAGAAUCCACACUGUAAACUGCAGACAUUGAGGCUAUCGUGCUGUAGAAUCUCAGAGGAUAGCUGUGCUUCUCUAGCUUCAGCUCUAAGGUCAAACCCUUCUCACUUGAGAGAGCUGGACCUGACUGACAAUGAACCAGGAGAUUCAGGAGUGAUGCUGCUCUCGGCUGUACUGGAGGAUCCACGCUGUAAACUGGAGACACUAAGUCUAUCAUGGUGUGUUGUCAAAGAAGGCGGCUUUGGUUUUCUGGCUUUAGCUCUGAUGUCCAACCCCUCACAUCUGAGAGAGCUGGACUUGAGCAAAAACACCUUAGGAGACUCUGCAGUGAUGAUGCUCUCUGCUGUACUGAAGGAUCCACAUUGUAAAUUGGAGAGACUUAGGCUGUCACACUGUAGUGUCACACAGGAAGGCUGUACUUUUCUGGCUUCAGCUCUGAGGUCAAACCCCUCACACCUGAGAGAGCUGGAUCUAGACUGGAAUUCAGAAGUAAAAUUAGGAGUGAAGGAGCUCUCUGUGGUGCUGGAUGAUCCACUCUGUCGGUUGGAAACACUGAGGCUGGUAGCUUGUAGUGUCACAGAGGAAGGCUUCUGUUCUCUGGCUUCAGCUCUAAAGUCAAACCCCUCACACCUGAGAGAGCUGGACCUGCGCUACAAUUAUGAAAUGGCUUCAUCAGGAGUGAGGCAGCUCUCUGCUGUACUGGAAGAUCCACUCUGUAAAUUGGAGAUACUGAGACUCCGUCUCCAUCACUCUGACGAUCAAGGGGAAGGCUUUUCUAAUCUGGCCUCAGCGCUGAGGUCAAACCCCUCACAUCUGAGAGAGCUGAAUGUGGCUAGUUACUCACAAGACUCUAGACUGAAGCUGUUCUCUGCUGCACUGAAGGAUCCACGCUGUAAACUGGAGAAACUAAUCUGUAGUGUCCCAGUUCAAGACUUCGCUUCUCUGGGUUCAGCUCUUAGAUCAAACCCUUCACACCUGAGAGAACUGGACCUGCAAUUCUCAGAAGACUCAAAUUUGAAGCCUCUCUUCUCUGUACUAAAUAAUCCACUCUUUAAACUGGAGAAACUAAGGCUAUCGGGAUGUGACGUUGAAGAGAAAGGCUGUGCUUUGUUCUCAGCUCUGAGGUCAAUCCCCGUUUCCCACCUGAGAGAGCUGGACCUCAGCAACAAUAAACCAGGAGACUCUGGAGUGAUGCAGCUCUCUGCUCUACUGGAUGAUCCACGCUGUAAACUGGCAACACUGAAACUGUCAGACUGUGGUCUUACAGAGGAAGGAUCUACAUCUUUGGCUUCAGCUCUGAGGUCAAACCCCUCCUACCUGAGAGAGCUGGACCUCAGCCAGAAUACACCAAUAGACUCAGGAGUGAAGCUGCUCUCUGCUGUACUAGAGGAUCCACGCUGCAAACUGGAGAAAUUAAGCUUGUUUAACUGUCGAAUUAAGGAGGAAGGUUGUGUUGCUUUGGCUUCAGCUCUGAGGUCAAACCCCUCACACCUGAGAGAGCUGGACCUCAGCUGCAAUAACCCAGGAGUCUCAGGAGUGAAGCUGCUCUCUGCUGUACUGAAGCAUCCACUCUGUCAGCUGGAGAUACUGAAGCUUUUGGACUGUGCAAUCACAGAGGAAGGCUUUGCUUCUCUGGCUUCAGCUGUGAAGUCAACCCCCUCACGCAUGUGGCUGCUGGAUCUGAUUGGGAACGAUCCAGGAGACUCAGGAGUGAAAUUGUUCUCAGCUGUACUGAAGGAUCCACAAUGUAGACUGCCCAAACUGAUAGUGACUGGCUUGGAAGUACGACCCAGGAGCCUCAGCAGUGAUCAAAUGAACCUUCUGGAAUCGACAUGACUGAUAUUCCCCUUGAGUUCAAAUAUACAUUUCUAAAACGUGUGAAAUGUUUAGUAUACUUUGUUCAAAUGUAGAACUAUUAGGCCUACUUAUGUCCCUACAUCUUGUAUUUGAUUUUUUGAAAUACAUCAAGUUCAACUAAGUUCA